UCUCUCUCUCUCUCUCUCUCUCUUCAUGCAAAAACACACAGAGACCCUUUUUUUCUCCUUCACUGGACAAAACCCUUCCCCUACCCAUCAGAAACCGACUACAAUGACGAGACUUUCAGAAGACGCCAUCGCCAACAUCCUAUCCCGAUUACACGUGAAAGAUCUUCUCCGCUACAGGUGCGUCUCCAAGCCCUGGCGCUUCCUGGUCGAUAGUCCUCGUUUCAUAAAGAUGCACCUCAACCAUUCCAAGGAAACUCAUUCCAACUCCACCCUCAUUCUCGGAGACCAGCGUCUCCUCCACUCGGUCGACCUUGACACUCUCGACUCGCCUGUACGUCUCGUAUCCCCAAUAUACGAUGGAGGCGAAAUCGAGAUUCUGGGCUGCUGUAAUGGCUUGCUCGCUCUGGAAUUUGCGAAUGGAGGUACGGUUAUCUGGAAUCCAUCUACUAGGAAGUACAGGAAGGUACCCAUUUCUGGUCUUAUUGACCUCCCCUUUCCGGACAAUCUAUAUGAGUAUGGAAUCGUCGGAUUUGGGUAUGAUCCUGUAAACGACGAUCAUAAGUUGGCAAGGAUGGUACAUUAUUUUAAAAAAGAUGUUCGCAGUGUUCACUUAUUCCACUCUGAGGUCAAAGUUUAUAGCCUAAAUUUCAACACUUGGAAGAGGGUUUGUGAUUUCCCUUACCAGGGUUGUCAUCGUGGGAAAAGCAUUCUUGUGGGCAAUUCGUUUCAUUGGUUGAUGGGGCUACAGUAUGGCACUAAAUCUUCCACCAUUACUGUUGCAUUUGAUUUUGUCACGGAAAAAUACCACCAAAUUCCACGUGCUAACAGAAAUACUAAGGGUAAAGACUAUUACUCGACUAUGACGGAAUUGGGUGGGUGGCUUUGUGAUGUAGUAAAAUUCGGAAAGUAUAGUGAGAAAGCGGACUAUGUUGACUUCUGGGUUAUGAAGGAAUAUGGGGUUAAGGAGUCGUGGACUAAGCUUUUAACCGUGGUACCGUCAAAUGUGACCGGUUCUUUCAAAUCUUUGAUGCCUCUUGCGUAUUUUAAGAGCUCCCAUCAGAUUCUUUUUGACCAGGACGAUGAGAAGUUUAUGCUCUAUGAUUUGGAAAAGAAGGAGGCUAAGAGUGUGAAGAACUAUCCUAGAAGUUUUCAAAAGAUCGCUUGUGUGAGAGGCCUCAUUGGAGUUGGUGGAGGUGAUGAGCCCAAUUCUGGGAAGAAGGCAGAGGAGGACGGGAACAAGAAAAACAAGGAGAAGGAUAAGCAGCAACCAAGUGGGAAGAAGCGGGAUGAUUUCUUGUCCAAGGGAUUUAAGCUGGUGCUAUGAACGGAACAUGAAGAAGAAAGGCUGAGGUUGGUACUACUACUCCUGGUUUUUUGUGGGUUUAGCUGAUGAAGUUUUCUAUUUGCUGGAAUGAAGUGAAAUGGAUGGAUGAAACUAUUAGACUUGGACUUUUCUAUGAUGAAGUUUGUAUGUGUUUUCUAGUAUUAACCUUAACUUUUUUGCUCGAUCGUGCUAUUAUGUUUAUAUACUUUGAGUACUGUCUAGAAGGUUGUGGUAGGAAUAUUAACGUACUUUAUUAAUGGUUUACCGGCAUUUCUACUAAUAUAACCUUUUGGCUA